AUGGCAGACCCAAGCAGCAGAAAGGAAGCAAUUAAAAAAUGCUGGAGUGCUACAUUCAGUAUUGAUGGCUCUAACUUUACACUUGUGGUGCCGUUAAUCCACUUGGUGGCGCUGUUGCUGCACGGUCUAGCUGCGACUAACCCGAUCCGGGUCCAGUCUCCGCUCCAUGUAUUCCAUAAGGACCAGUUCCUGCAGCUGCAGCCACAGCCGGUGCCAGUGCCGCUGAUCCUUGCCAGGACUCCGUUCUGGUUGCAGCAGCUGUAUUUUAGCCAUCGCCCACCGUACCACAGAGGCUUCAUCCACUUGGCCUGUUUGAUUGCAGCGCAGGUCUCGCAGUCGUGUAUGACCUGUGAGAUGUUGUCCAUAGUAAGGUCCACCCCUCAGUCACAGGCCCAUCGCUCGGUCUACCUGUUCGUUGUUGUGAUGCUCUUCAGUAGCCCGACUCUUGGGUAUGUGUGCAUCCAUGUGUCGGAUCUUCACGUCUGCGUCAACAUGGAUGCUGUUGUGGCAUUUUGUACGGACACGGACAUUGCUGCUUUGCUCCUUGUUUCUUCUUCCUCAAGAAGACGCUGCAUCACACUAUAUGGGAAAAAUAGUCUCUCUCUUGAGGACUAUACCCAGCGAUGCAAGAUGCCCUGGGAGCAAGAAAAAGGCUCUAAAUCACAAAACUGCUUGUGGAACACCAUUAUCAGUGGGCUGACCAGCAACUUCAAGGAAAGGCCAAAGCUGACCAUUAUCAAUGACCCUAGACCUCCUGAAGAAAUUUUAGCAGAUGAACUACUGCCAGUGGACAGCCCUGAGGCAUUGGUGAAAACAACCUUCAGGAGAAAAUAUAAGAAAACAUCACAGAGAUUGUGGUCUUUGUUAAAGCAAUUAGAGAGAGGAGAAGCUUCAGUUGUAGAUCUCAAGAAGAAUUUGGAAUAUGCGGCGACUGUUCUUGAGUCAGUAUACAUUGAUGAAACUAGGCAUUUACUGGACACAGAAGAUGAACUCAGUGAUAUCCAGUCUGACUCUGUGCCCUCAGAGGUCCGUGACUGGUUGGCUUCUACCUUCACACGGCAAAUGGGAAUGAUGUUCAAAAGGACUGAGGAAAAACCCCGGUUCAGGAGUAUCGUCCAUGCAGUGCAAGCUGGGAUAUUUGUGGAAAGAAUGUACAGGCGUACUUCAAAUAUGGUUGGCUUGAGCUACCCACCAGCUGUAAUUCGAGUGCUAAAGAAUGUAGACAAGUGGUCCUUUGAUGUAUUUGCACUAAAUGAUGCCAGUGAGGAUCAUGCACUGAAAUUCAUUUUCUAUGAACUUCUCACACGCUAUGAUCUGAUUAACUAUUUCAAGAUUCCCAUAUCUGCCUUGGUGUCUUUUGUUGAAGCUCUGGAGGUUGGCUACAGUAAACACAAAAAUCCUUAUCACAACCUAAUGCAUGCUGCAGAUGUCUCACAGACAGUCCAUUACCUCCUUUUCAAGACAGGCACUGUGCACUGGCUGACAGAGCUGGAGGUCUUCGCUAUGAUAUUUGCAGCUGCCAUACAUGACUAUGAACACACUGGAACCACCAACAAUUUUCACAUCCAGACAAGGUCAGACUCAGCCAUUCUGUAUAAUGACCGGUCUGUGCUUGAAAAUCACCAUGUUGGUGCGGCAUAUCGUCUUUUGCAAGAUGAUGAAGAGAUGAAUAUUUUAUCUAAUCUCUCAAAGGAUGAUUGGAGGGAAUUUAGAGCUCUAGUCAUUGAGAUGGUGUUGGCUACCGAUAUGUCCUGUCACUUUCAGCAAAUCAAAGCUAUGAAGAAUGCUUUGCAGCAACCAGAAGGAAUUGACAAGUCGAAAGCCUUAUCACUGUUAUUACAUACAGCAGAUAUCAGUCAUCCAGCCAAGGCCUGGGAUCUCCAUCACCGCUGGACCAUGUGUCUGCUAGAGGAGUUCUUCAGACAGGGUGACAAAGAAGCAGAACUAGGGCUGCCCUUCUCUCCUCUGUGUGAUCGGAAAUCUACUAUGGUUGCUCAGUCUCAAAUAGGUUUCAUUGAUUUCAUUGUGGAACCCACCUUUACUGUGCUGACCGACAUGACAGAGAAAAUUGUGACUCCGCUAAUUGAUGAAGCUUCCCUCUCUGGCAUGUCUGGAUUUAGGUGUUCCAGUUUGAAUAGCAUUAGUCCCUCUGAAGUAAAAAAAUCAAGUGUCAAGAGCACUGGGUCCGAAGGAAGUGCCUCACUCAACUGCUCCAUACUCACUGUGGACUUCAAAUGUUUUAAAGACACCUGGACUGAGGUGGUGCAGCAAAAUAGAGAGAAAUGGAAAGCACAAGCCACCAAAGAAGAAAAGGCUAAGAAAGCAGCAGAGGGAAAUGCUUAUCAGGGAACAGAUGAAAAGGAAAGAGAUGAACAGGAUGGGAAGCCAGGUGAAGAUGUCACAGAAGCAAAGACAGAAAAGAGCAAAGAACCAAAUCCUGGGGAAAGCAAAAGGACACAUUCCAGCAAGAAUCCUGUAAAUGGCACUUGGCAAAGUGGUAUGAGCAAACACGAAGCCUAUCAAGGGAAAAACGCAGCUAGGACAGAUAAGAAAAUGGAUCAUCAUCAUACUCUGGGAGAAGAGAAACAGCAUGUCCAGAAUGGUGAAUUAAAGGAAGACAACAAACUGGACAGAAAAGAUAAGUGUAGCAUGGGGGAUGAAUCAAAGAAAACAGAUGCCACCAAACCUCAACUGCAUUACCUCAGGAGGCCAUCUCACAACCCAGGAGACGAUUUCCCUGUCUUACACAAGAAACUGGAGGAACAUCUGGUGAGAGAUGCUAUUGCUGGGCAGUCUCUCUGCAUACAAGAAUACUGUAAGGCCAUAUGUAAAAAGUGUAAUCUCAAAAGGUGGGAAUUGCAUAGAAAAUACAGGAAGAUAAUCUGUUAUAAUAUCUAA